AUCAUCAGAUCAGCUGCCAAUACUUGUGUGUACCCAAGUAGGUGUUAGACUCGGAAUCUGAGUGCUGGGAUGAAAGGCGUGCACCACCACUGCUUGGCGCCACGUUACUUCUACGCCUGUGAUAAUUCACUAAUAUCUUGUCUAGUUGCUGAGAGGUGAGAGUGUGGGCUAUGGGUUACUUUUUAAGAGAAUUCCACGUGCUUUUAAAACAUGACUUGGCUUUCUCUGGACUUGUUGGUAGAGGUAACUAUUGAAAGAGUUGAGUACACUUUAGAGGAAGCAGUUGUUCCUCAAAUCCUCCUUGUCCCUUUAGUACAGCCAGACUUGCUUCCUAAACUCACUGUCUCUUUUCUUCCCAGAGAGAAACUAACACUAUGAUGUGCUAUUGCGUCUCUGCUGUUAGGCUCUGAGUGCUGGAGUGCACAGUGAAUAAAGUCCCUGUGCUCGUGGAGUUUGCAGCCACUGUCCUUGUUGAUAUGCUAUAACAUGUAUCUAGAGGAUCAAGUCAUAAUGGGAGCAUUUUUAGACAAGCCAAAGAUGGAAAAGCAUAAUGCCCAGGGCCAGGGCAACGGGUUGCGAUACGGCCUGAGCAGCAUGCAAGGUUGGCGAGUUGAAAUGGAGGAUGCACAUACGGCUGUGAUCGGUUUGCCAAGUGGACUCGAGACAUGGUCAUUCUUUGCUGUAUAUGAUGGGCAUGCUGGUUCUCAGGUUGCCAAAUACUGCUGUGAGCACUUGUUAGAUCACAUCACCAAUAACCAGGAUUUUAAAGGCUCUGCAGGAGCACCUUCUGUGGAAAACGUAAAGAACGGAAUCAGAACAGGUUUUCUGGAGAUUGAUGAACACAUGAGAGUUAUGUCAGAGAAGAAACACGGUGCAGAUAGAAGUGGGUCAACAGCUGUGGGUGUCUUAAUUUCUCCCCAACAUACUUAUUUCAUUAACUGUGGGGACUCAAGAGGUUUACUUUGUAGAAAUAGAAAAGUUCACUUCUUCACUCAAGACCAUAAACCAAGUAAUCCUCUGGAAAAAGAACGAAUUCAGAAUGCAGGGGGCUCUGUGAUGAUUCAGCGUGUCAAUGGCUCUCUGGCUGUAUCAAGAGCUCUUGGGGAUUUUGAUUACAAAUGUGUCCAUGGAAAAGGUCCCACAGAGCAGCUUGUCUCGCCAGAGCCUGAAGUCCAUGAUAUUGAAAGGUCUGAAGAAGAUGACCAGUUCAUCAUUCUUGCAUGUGAUGGCAUCUGGGACGUCAUGGGCAACGAAGAGCUCUGUGACUUUGUGAGAUCCAGACUUGAAGUCACUGAUGACCUUGAGAAAGUUUGCAAUGAAGUAGUCGACACCUGUUUGUAUAAGGGAAGUCGAGACAACAUGAGUGUGAUUUUGAUCUGCUUUCCAAACGCGCCUAAAGUCUCAGCAGAGGCGGUGAAGAAGGAGGCAGAGCUGGACAAGUACCUGGAGAACAGAGUAGAAGAAAUCAUAAAGAAGCAGGGGGAAGGCGUCCCUGACUUAGUCCAUGUGAUGCGCACGUUAGCCAGUGAGAACAUCCCCAGCCUCCCACCAGGGGGUGAACUGGCAAGCAAGCGGAAUGUAAUUGAAGCCGUUUACAAUAGACUGAACCCUUACAAAAACGACGACACUGAUUCUGCGUCAACUGAUGAUAUGUGGUAAAGCUGCUCAUCUAGCCAUGGUUUCACCUUUGCCUCCAAGGGAGAGAGAUCAGCGCAUCCUUGCUGAGCCUUUAACAUCCAUCACCGACUUAAGGAAGGGGUCCGACAUGGGUGAGGGACUACAGCUUCAGCGAUGGAACAGCCAGCCCAGAAUGGAUUUUUUUUUUUUUUUAUUGUAAAUUUGAGACUUAUGUAAGCGUGAUUUCAAACCGUAAUUCAUGUUGUAAAUCAGACUCCAGCAAUUUUUGUUGUAUGAUUUUGGUUUUUUGUAAAGUGUAAUUGUCCUUGUACAAAGUGCUCAUAUUUAAUUAUGAACUGCUUUAAAAUCACUAUCAAUGAUAAAGGAAAUUUGGCUUGUUGUGUGGCACAACAGACAUAGUCAUGCUGUAUCUGGACUUGGGGUAGGGAAAGCAGCAGCAGCCACAUAGCUAGAUGCUCAUGUGCACAUGAUUAUGAAGACUUCCCAAAGCUAUACAUCAGGGUGUAUGGAGAACUGUCGUCUCUGUGUCCUGGCGAGGGCCUGGCCUGUUGGUGCAGCCACCCCUUCUCACCUGUCUGUAGGAUGUCCUCUCCUCGUAGCCAAGAGUGUCACAGCUGACCCUCUGUAUUCAUGAGAGCAUCUACCAGUUUUGGGCUAACAUGCCUUGAUUCUCUGCACCUCUUUAUGAGUUCUUACAUUUAAUUACUAAUUGGCAAGCAGCAGCUUCCCACUCAGUGGGAGACUGCCACAUUUCGUUCCUAUCAUGAUUGGCUGGGCCUGCUGCUGUCCCUAGUAAGAUAUUCCGAAUUCCAUUUUAUCAAUAAAGCUUGGUUUAACAAACAAGA